UCCAAGAUUGCGACUGAUGUCCCCAACACAACCAUAGCAGAUUCCAUAAAUUAACCCACUACUCCUAAUAAGUACUGUACUAUAUACCGUAUAUAUGUACGUAUACAAACGUUUGCAGAGGCCUGGGAGAUUUCAUGUACACCCAUUGCCCAUACACAAAAAAAAAAGCAGCAGUGACAGUCUGUGUGUGUGUGUGUCACUUUCGUAUGAUUGACCUGUGGGUCCUUUUUCUCUGCCUUUUCCACUAUCAAGCUCCUUGGGCACCAAGCUCCUUGGGCACCAAGCAGCCUCCGGCUUAAGAAAGAGAAAAGCACUGUUCAAUCUACUUGCUCUGUGUGUGUUUUUAAGUGCAAAGUUUGAAUCUUUCUCAAUCUCAGUGCCUACCCUUUUCCUCAUUUUGUCUCGGUUGAAGUCAUGGAACCGAUCCAGAUGGAAAUUGAUGAUGGAAGCCAGCUUCAAGCUUUAGCUGAUCCUCUUCCAUUUGCUAGAAGUUAUCAACUUGAAGCUCUGGAGAAAGCUAUUCAUGAAAACACUAUAGUGUUCUUGGAGACUGGAUCAGGAAAGACUCUCAUUGCGAUCAUGCUGCUUCGCAGUUAUGCUUAUAUUCUUCGUAAGCCUUCUCGGCACAUUGCGGUGUUCUUGGUUCCAAAAGUUGUGUUGGUGACUCAACAAGCUGAAGCUGUGAAAACGCACACUGAUUUGAAAGUUGGAAUGUACUGGGGAGAUAUGGGAGUUGACUACUGGGAUGCUGCUACAUGGAAAAAAGAAAUAGAUGAACAUGAGGUGCUUGUCAUGACUCCAGCUAUAUUACUCAGAAGCUUGAGGCACAGUUUUCUCAAACUUGACAUGAUUAAGCUUUUAAUAAUGGACGAGUGCCAUCAUGCUAAGGGUAGAGACCCUUAUGCCUGCAUAAUGAAAGAGUUCUAUCAUAGAGAAUUGAACUCUGGUAUCUCUGACCUCCCUCGAAUUUUUGGGAUGACUGCAUCUCCCAUUAAGUCAAAAGUUGGAAGCUCUGAAUACUCCCUCUCUGUAAAUAUCCGUGACCUAAUGACACUAAUGGACUCAAAGGUAUACACAUGCGUAAGUGAAGAUGUCAUUGCAAAGUUCAUACCAAUCUCAACUCCAAAGUUCAAGUUUUACAUGAAAAAUGAAAUUCCAUAUGUGUUAUUUGAAAAAUUAGCAGUUGAACUCAAUAUGUUAAAACAGCAGUAUGAACUCUCCUUGAAAACUUCACAUUUCACAACAUCAGUUGCUGAGACUGCACACAAGAGGAUAACAAAGAAUUUUUCUUCCAUUAUGUUUUGCUUGGAUACACUUGGUGUUUGGUUGGCUUUAAAGGCUGCAGAGUUCUUAUCUUCCCACGAAAGUGAAUCAUUUAAAUCUGGGGAUAUAUUUGUGAAAGAAUUUAAUUUAGAUACUGUGAAGCUAUUUAAGACAUACUUAUCAUCUGGUCCUCAGCGGUUUAUUGGUAAUAACACUAAAUCGGAUAAGGAUAUGGGGCUGAUGACCUCCAAAGUUUGUUGUCUUGUUGACACACUGCUUGAGUACAGGGGUUUGUCUGACAUGCGAUGCAUAGUUUUUGUUGAACGAGUAAUUACAGCUAUUGUCCUCCAGGAUCUAUUGAAUGUAUUGCUUCCAAAAUACAAUAGCUGGAAGACGAAAUGCAUAGCAGGAAAUAAUACUGGUCUACAUAAUCAAUCCAGAAAAAUGCAAAAUGAAAUUGUGGAAGAGUUUCGUAUGGGCAAGGUCAAUAUCAUUGUUGCGACAUCAAUUCUUGAAGAGGGUUUAGAUGUUCAAAGUUGCAAUUUGGUUAUCAGAUUUGACCCCUGUCCCACUGUGUGCAGUUUCAUACAGUCCCGUGGCCGUGCUAGAAUGCAGAAUUCAGACUACAUAUUAAUGGUUCAACGUGGGGAUUCAGUCACAUAUUCUCGGCUAGAGCAAUACCUUGCUAGUGGAGAUCUUAUGAGGAAGGAGUCACUGCGUCAUUCUUCCCUUCCAUUUGAUCAUUUUGAAAGUGAUCAAUUCAAUGAGGAAGUUUAUCGAGUUGAAAGCACUAAAGCCAUUGUGACUCUGAGUUCUAGCAUUGAGCUGAUACAUAUAUUUUGCUCUUGGCUCCCUUCAGACGGGUACUUUAAACCCACUCCAAGGUGGGUAAAAGAAACAGGAACAUUGCUUCUUCCGAAAAGUUGUCCUAUACAAACUGUUUGUGUAGAAGGUGACAAGAAAGCCUUGAAGAAAAUUGCUUGCCUUGAAGCAUGCAAGCAACUUCAUAAGAUUGGAGCUUUGACAGAUAAUCUUGUUCCCAAAAUUUAUGUUGAAGAAGGGGAGAUGCAAGACUUUGCGAAUGAACCUUUCAAUGAGGAGCAACCAAGUUAUAUGCCGUGCGAAUUGGUGAACCACUUCUCUAAUACGGAGAAUACAAUAUAUCAUUGCUAUCUAAUGGAGUUAAACUCCAAUUUUAGUGAUGAUAUAUCUAAUGUUGUGGUUGCCUUGAGAGUGGAGCUUGAUCGAGAAAUUGGAAGCAAGGAAUUCCAAAUGCCUUAUGACCAAGGUAGUUUGUGUGUAAAGUUGAGAUACACAGGAACCAUCGAUCUUUCUCCAAAUCAGGUUCUUUUAUGCAAGAGAUUCCAGGUGACAAUUCUUCGACUGCUCCUGGAUCAUAAUAUGGAGAAGCUGAGAUCUGCAGACAACCUAUGUUCAGAAGGCGAUCCGGAGAUUGAUUAUCUCUUGCUUCCAACCCAUAAGCAAAGACUUUCUGUCGAUUGGUCCUCGAUCAAUUCUUUGUAUCCGUCAAAAUUUGCUUGUGGAAAUCAUUCUCUCAAUGUAUGGACAAAGAACGGCCGUGUUUGCACCUGCAUACUAAGGAACUCUUUGGUUUAUACUCCUCAUAAUGAUCAUUUUUAUAUCACAACUGAUAUAACGUGCUUGAAUGGAAACUCGCAUUUGAACCUAAGGCAUGGUGGAAUUACCACAUACAAGAAGUACUUUAUACAAAAGCAUGACAUUAAGUUGAAGUUUGAACAACAAAGACUGCUUAAAGCAAGGCAUCUCUAUCAUGUUAAAAAUUAUUGUCAUGGACACAAACAACAGGAGGACACAGUUUCUGAAGCAAGCAAGAGCACAGUUGAAUUACCUCCUGAACUGUGCUAUAUAGUCAUGUCGCCAGUGCCUAUUAGUACCAUUCAUUCCUUCUCAUUUGUUCCAUCCAUUAUGCAUCGAGUUGAGUCAUUGCUUGUAGCUUCUAACUUGAAGAAGCUGCAUUUGGAUCAUUGCAUGCAAAAUGUGGUUUCAACUAGCAAGGUCUUGGAAGCAAUUACUUCAAAAAGUUGCGGGGAGAGCUUUCACUACGAAUCUCUAGAGACUCUUGGAGAUUCUUUCUUAAAAUAUGCAACUAGUCAGCACCUUUUUCAAACAUAUCCAAAUCACCAUGAAGGUCUUCUUACUGUGAAGAGGGAAAAGAUAAUUUCUAAUGCUGCCCUAUGUAAGUUUGGGUGCAGUUGUAACCUUCCGGGCUUCAUACGAAAUUCACGUUUUGACCCACAAACUUGGGCUGUUCCCGGUGAUAAAUCAGUGAGUUUAAAACUAGAAGAGUUGGAUUCCAAAGGGGCAAAAGCUUUUGUUAGUGGAAAAAGAAAGUUAAGACGGAAGGUUAUUGCUGAUGUUGUUGAGGCACUAAUUGGUGCCUACCUUAGCACCAGUGGUGAAGAGGCCGCACUGUUGUUUAUGAACUGGGUUGGCAUCAAAGUGAACUUUAAUUUUUCACCCUAUGAGAGGCACUAUAGCAUUCAACCAGAGAGGCUGAUAAAUGUGAACUUUCUAGAAUCUCUCUUAAACUACUCCUUCCGUGACCGUCAUCUUCUAGUGGAGGCUUUCACCCAUGGUUCUUACAUGCUGCCCGAAAUUCCAAGAUGUUAUCAGCGACUCGAAUUUCUUGGGGACUCAGUAUUGGAUUAUCUCAUUACGAGGCAUUUGGACAAUAAAUAUCCUGGAAUGUCACCUGGCCAGUUAACUGACAUGAGAUCAGCGUCUGUGAGUAACGACUGUUACGCAUGGUCUGCAGUUAAGGCCGGAUUGCACAAACACAUUCUACAUGCUUCACAAGAUCUUCAUAAGGAUAUUGUAGUCAUAGUUAAUGAAGUUGCAAAGUUUUCUUCAGCAUCACCUAUUGUAUGGGAGUUAGACAUAUCAUUUCCCAAGGUACUUGGAGACAUCAUUGAGUCUUUGGCCGGAGCGAUUUUCGUUGAUUCGGAGUAUAAUAAAGAAAUCGUGUGGCAAUGCAUACGACCACUUCUGGAGCCGCUUGUUACACCGGAAACGUUAACAAUGCAUCCCACCAGAGAGUUGUCGGAGCUAUGCCAGAAAGAAAAUUACAAAAUCAAAAAGAAUCGGUCUCGCAAGGAUGGUGUCACCUCUUAUUUGAUGGAGGUACAAGCCAAUGGGACCACCAUUUAUAGUUAUGAAUACACUGGCUAUGCUGAUAGGAAAACAGCCAAGAGGAUAGUGUGUAGAGAAAUUUUGAAACAGAUGAAAAAAACACAACCCAAGUAGUUGUAAUAUUCAUAGGAAUACGAAUAUCAUAUUGUAUAGGUGCUGAUGUGCAUUAGUUGUAACAUCCUUUUGGAAAUUCCAAUAGAGGAGAGGCCUUGCAAGUUGUCAUUAAACUAUUAAAUAUAAGAGGGAAUGAAAAU